AUGGAUUCCAUUCCAUAUAGGAAUUUAAAUUUUUUUGAUCUUCUUCAAAGUCAACAAGAUAGUUCCGGUUUUGAAUCCUCUGCUCUUCCAGCAAUCGGCAGUCAAGCUACUGAAGGAUGCAACUUCGAAGAGAGCAGUCCUGCAGAGCGUAAAGAAAGAAGGAGUUGGAGUCCAAUAGAAGAUGUCGUGCUCAUCAGUGCGUGGCUGAACACAAGCAAAGAUCCCGUUGUUGGGAAUGAGCAGAGGUCAGUUGCAUUCUGGAAAAGAAUCGCAGCUUACUUCAACGCCAGUCCCAAGCUUGUUGGAUGUGAAACGAGAGAGUCGUCUCAGUGCAAGCAAAGAUGGCACAAGAUCAAUGACAUGGUCUGCAAGUUUUGUGGAGCGUUUGAGGCUGCAACCAGGGAGAGAAGUAGUGGGCAAAAUGAGAAUGAUGUUCUCAAACUUGCCCACGAAAUAUUCUUUAGCAACCACAAAAAGAAAUUCACCUUAGAGCAUGCGUGGAAGGAAUUGCGCAAUGACCAGAAGUGGUCUGAACUAUCUACUGCAAAAAAUGAUCGAAGUUCGAAGAAGAGGAAGGUUGAUGACACUUCACAGUCAGAAACCUCUCAAGCAAUUGAAACCGAUGAUGAAAGAACCAACCGUCCUCGUGGCGCUAAGGCAUCAAAAGCUAAUGGGAAGAAGGCAAUGGUUGAUGGCAAGGAUUUUGCUAAGUUCCAGAAGAUGUGGACGAUCAAGAAGCAGGAUUUGGAGAUAAAGGAAAGGCUGUCCAAGAUGAAUCUACUGGACAGUCUCCUUGGAAAACAAGAACCGCUACAAGAUUAUGAGGAAGCGCUGAAGCAGAAACUCAUAACUGAGUUGAUGUCUAAUUAG